GUUUUCUUACACUUAAUAAACCAAUUCUUGAAAAAAAAACAUUUUACCACUAGUUUCUCAAUGUCAUGAAUGUUCUCACUACUUCACUGUUUUCUUUGAAGUGACAUAUAAGUUUCAUUUAACUUUUCAGAGUUUCUCCUCAAAAUGGAAAAUUUGAUUGAAGAUUUCGCAAACAAACAGCUUAGACUAAUCGAGCUGGAGCGCAAUUCUGAAAUCGAGUCAUACAAUGAAGUUUUCCACUCAAACAGCUGCAAAGAACUCGAGCGGAUGGGCUAUGGACUAUUCAAUCUUGUUAUUUCUGAACACUGUAUUGGUAUGUUUGGACGCCAUAUUGUAACUCUUGCUAAGAUACAUCAUGGUCCUUUGGGAAACCCGGCUUUAAAAUCGGGCGAUGUUGUCAAAUUCAGUUCAGAAAAUCAAUUAAAAAGUACUUACCAGUCGGACGAAAACAAAAAUAACAACACAAACAAUUACGAAUUCACUUCUGCAACGUCGGCAGGUGUAAACGCGACGAUUACCAAAAUCUCAGCGAAUUUAUUAACCAUAACUUGUGAUACAUUGCCAACUGCUGUAAUGAAUAGCUACUCUACUAACUUUUCCUCCAUUAAGGAUCUGUGUGUGACCAAAACGCCGUCAGAUGUAACGUACAAAAGACUCAGCAAAGUUGGCAAGCGACUCGCUAACGGAAUUUUGAAAGGCGGAGUCAACGUUGCAAGUUGGCCGCUUUUGUCUCAACUGUUCAAACCAGCUGAGGAAGAAAACAGUGCCAAUUGUGGAUCGGAAACUGAGGGGAAAUCAAAUAUAACUGGUUUGCAAAUAGGUGAUAGUGAAUCUAUUUGUUCGUUCGAUAGCAAAGAUGUAAGUCUGGGAUGGUUCAAUUCUGAUUUGAAUGCUUCGCAGCAGAAAUGUGUGGACUUCUGUUUGAAGCAAAAGCAUUUGGCCGUUAUCCAUGGGCCUCCGGGAACUGGAAAAACAACGACUGUUGUUGAAUUCAUUCUACAAGAGAUCAAAAGAGGCAACCGAGUGCUAGCUUGUGCACCCUCUAAUGUUGCUGUGGACAACUUAGUAUCUCAGCUCUUUAAAUUCAAAAAGGAAUCUGCAAUCAAAAUGAUCAGACUUGGUCACCCUGCGAGGGCUUCAGAGACCAGCAAAAUGUUCACUGUGGAUUCGAAGAUUCUAGAAAGUGAUUUCAGUGAUGUCAUUCGUGACUUGAGGCAGGAGAUCUUCAAAGCCAAACAAGAGGUCAGUUCAGGUCACUCGAAAGGAGACUCGAACCUGGCUUUCAGAGAAGCGUCCAAGAAACUACCCGGGCUGAAGAAAGAUUUGAGAAAAAUUGAGGAAAAAUGUAUCAAAGAGCUUCUUGAAAGCUCCAAUGUUGUCCUUUCGACAUGCUCAUCUGCACACGAAGACGGGACAUUCAGACUGCUUGAGAAAAAGGAACGCGAACUAUUGUUUGAUGUUUGCGUAAUUGAUGAAUGUGGUCAAUCUAUUGAAUCGGAAAGCUGGAUUCCGCUUUUGAACGCAAGCAAAUUGGUAAUAGCUGGAGAUCACAUGCAAUUACCGCCCACAGUUAUGUCCCAGGAAGCAGAAAAAUGCGGACUCUCUGUUUCACUGUUGGAGAGAAUCGUUCAUAAUCACCCCACAUUGGUGAAACUACUGGACAUACAAUACCGAAUGAACGAUAUUAUAAUGAAUUGGGCUUCGAAAGCUUUUUAUGACGAAAAGCUGAAAUUCGGAAAUGAGGAAGUUGAAAAUCGUAGUUUAGAAAAUUAUUUGAACAUUUCCGACAGAGAAAAACUAGGCGAAAAUGAGUUUCUGCUUAGCUGUGGGAUGAUGCUAAUUGAUACAAAUGAUUGCGAGAUGUUUGAACUUGAAUCAACUCACGAGGAAAGCAAAGGAAACGAAGCGGAAGCUGAUUUAGUCGCUUAUCACGUGAAAACAUUAAUCAGACUGGGAAUUCCACAGCGUGAAAUUGCGGUUAUUUCACCGUACAAUCUCCAAAUUGAGCUCAUUAGAUCAAGGAUUUCACACCUGUACGCGAAUAUUGAAAUCAGAAGUGUCGACGGGUUUCAAGGUCGUGAGAAAGAAGCAAUUGUUUUAUCACUUGUGAGGAGCAAUCCCAACUUUGAAAUUGGGUUCUUGUCUGAAUCUAGACGUUUGAAUGUUGCAAUUACUCGUGCUAAAAGGCACGUUUGUGUGAUAUGUGAUUCGAAAACGGUUAGCAUUGAUAAUACUUUGAAAGGUCUGGUUCAGUAUAUUGAAACAAACGGCGUGGCUUUCACAGCCGGUGAUUAUCUGGACAAAGAAGACAUGGAAUGGUCGUUUGUGAAACCAGAAAAAUUACAAAAACUUCCAAAAUUAAAAGUUUCCGAGAAUUCUUCAAAUAAAAGCACUAAGCCAAAAUCAAUUUUGAGAACCGAUAAAAAUGGUGAUGUUUAUUUCGACAAGAAAGCUCUACUAAGUGAAAUUGAGCAGUUCGCUUCUAAGAAACAAAGAACGGAAAUGAAGUUUCCCAAAAGCUUACCUGCCGCUGCUCGAGCUUUUGUUCACGAAGAGGCUGAAAAAAUGGGACUGAAACACGAAAGUGUUGGAAGUGGAUCUAAUAGACGAAUUGUUUUGUCUAAGAUGUCAAUUGUAGAGCAAAAUCACACUGAAUCCUUGCAAGAAAAAGAAAUUGGUAAUUUUGCUGCAGAAGAAAUAAAAUCUUAUUCGGGUACAAGUGAAAAUGUCAAUGAAUCAAAUCUAAUUGAUGGUUCAAAUAAACCAAAUGACACUCUUAAUCAAAAUGAAAUACAGACAAGUUCGGUUGAGAAGGAAAGUGAAAAUAGCCAUCAAAACAAACUUUCUGAUGAUAACGAGGUCAAUGGACUUAAAUCAGGCUGGAUUUGUAGUUUAGAAAAUGAAAUAGAUGAUUUAGAGUCGACCGAAAGACUCGAAGAGUCGACAUUUCCUAGCUCCUCAAUGAUGAGCGUUGACCAGAGCGUAACUUUAUGUUCAAUGUGCUUCAAAAACAUACCCAAACCGAAUUUUGACACUCACGUUUUACAUUGUGCUAAAGUUCAGAAAUCGAAACAAGAAAAGAGUCAACCGAACAAAAAGUCAACAGGCAAGAAAACUUUCAAGGAAAAGACAAAAUCAAAAAUUGACGCACUUGAAGAUGAUGAUUUUGAUGAACUUUGCGACGCUUUCCAACAGUUAAAUAGCGUUUGCAAUGAGACAAAGUGUAAAACGAGUAUUGUGAACUUAUCGUUUGUCUGUAAUUAUUGCGAGGCUAAAUUUUGCUCGCAACAUCGUUGUCCCGAGAACCACGGGUGUGAUCGGGAGGAUGUAAAGCGAAAAGCGAGGAAAAAUAUGAGAGAUCCGCCGCCGCCGGUUCGGACAAGUCAGCAGCAGAACUCGGCUAGACUUCACGGGAAAAUGAAAGACAAAAUAGAGAAUAUGCGGAAAGAUAGAAACUCAAACCGCGGUUCUCAUAACUGAAAGAUUAAAAUGUAAAUAAACGAAAAGAUAUAUAUUUGAACAAAUUCAGAAUUCAUUUUUUGUAGAUA